UGUGUGUGUGUGUGUGUGUGUGUGUGUGUGUGUGUGUGUGUGAAGCAGCUAUUCCUUAAUCUUUGAUCUUCUGGAUAAACCCUCGGGUAGGCUCGAGGUAAUCUAGGGUAAUUCAGUGUCCUAGUUGAACAACUUUACGGUUAUCUUUUUUCCAGCCCUGGGGACUGUGGGGUUAGUGUUAGACUGUGUGCUGCUAUUUCAGAUUGAUUGACAUCUCUCCUCUUUUUGAGUAGCCAACGUGUAUAUGUCUUUCUUUCUACUUUGUGGUUUGGAUACUUUUGUCUGUGUUCAGCACAGUCACACCAAUGCGCAUCAUCAUGGCGAAAGGGGAGUUUUGGGCCGCGGAUGUCUGUGAUCGUUCCUUCGGACUGAAACUCCUGUCCUACCUGGGAUAGGUAGCCUAACGUAACCUGGUUCCCGGUUUGAGGAACUUCAGACUUUCAUCGGACUCUAGAUCUUUCACACGGACAUUCUAUAGGAUGGAGUGGGAGCUGAGACCGCGGCUUUGUUUCCUAACGAAAGGGCCGCGCGGGUACGGCUUUCACCUUCACGGUGAGCGGAAUAAAGGCGGACAGUUCAUACGGAAAGUGGAACCGGGUUCGUCCGCGGAGCUUUCGGGGCUGCGCGCGGGGGACCGGGUCGUGGAAGUGAACGGGGAAAACGUGGAAGACGAGACGCACUAUCAAGUAGUGUAUCGUAUCAGAGCAGUGGAGCAUCGCACCAGGUUGCUGGUCAUCGACAAAGAGACAGAUGAUUACCUGCGUAGUCACGGGCUGGCCUGCACAGAGGACCUCGCCGUUGAGAUGGGCAAUCUCUCUCCCCGGCCCUCCCACUUCACCUCCCCCUCAGCCUCCCCUGUAGCCCAGGGGGAAGUCCUCUCACCCUCACCCAUACACAUCCUCACUAAAGCACUCAAACACACCUCCGCCUCACCCAGAAGGACGGAUACACGAUCGCCGACGUCAAGCCUGAUGAUUGGCACCAAGAAAAGGUUGCCAUCGGAGACAGCGUCGUUAGAUACAGAGUUUCCCAUGGCGACGGUGGAGCUCCUCCCCCGGCUGUGUCACAUGGUGAAGGGGGAGCUGGGAUACGGGUUCAACCUGCACAGUGACAGAACACGGCGAGGACAGUUCAUACGCAGCGUGGAUCCCGGGUCCCCCGCCCAACACGCAGACCUCAGAGCCCGGGACAGGCUGGUGGAGGUAAAUGGAGUGAACAUCGAGGCGUUGAGACACUCAGAGGUGGUGGCGUUUAUACGUGGUGGGGGGGACGAGACACGCCUCCUGGUGGUCGACGCGGAAACAGACGAGCUGUUCAAGAGGCUCGGGGUCACGCCCACCAGCACACAUGUCAGAGAGGUCUAUGUGGACGAGCCAAUGACAGACAGCGCCCCACCCACCCCCUCUUCAACCACUGACCUCCCUCCAAUGGAUCCACCAAUCAUCAACGUCACCCUGACGGGCUCACCAAUCACAAACGGCUCGCCCAAUUCACAGACCAAUUCCCAGUACUCACGUGGCUCGACUACCCAAUCAGAAUUCAGCAGCUCAGAUAUGAGCAUUCAGGUCCCUGAGGAUUAUGAGCGCCGUGUUUCAGACCCGUUCCUGGACAGCGGACUGCAUCUGAGCCCCACGGCAGCCGAGGCCAAAGAGAGGGCCCAACACGGCAAGAAGAGAGCGCCCCCUAUGGACUGGAGCAAGAAACAGGAGAUCUUCAGCAACUUCUGAGAACCACACAUAACCUUCACAACCAUGUUCUUAAGUCCUUCAAGGUUGGUAAAGGUCUGGCACAGGGACACACCAUAACCAAUGUUGGCCGUGCGCAGUAGAUCAUCAGCCCGGAGACAAUGUCAUCGUGGGAAAUUAAUAGCAAAUGGCAGCCAAUGUUCUGUGGUGAGAGGCGAUUCGUUAUGGUGUGUCAUGUGACAGAGCUUCACCAGCCAAUGUUCUGUGGUGAGAGGCGAUUCGUUAUGGUGUGUCAUGUGACAGAGCUUCACCAGCCAAUCAAGAUAAAAGGCUGCAGUGGCUCCGAAACAACUCUGAGAAAAACACAGAAAGCCUCUGUCCCCGGCAGGAUCUGAACCCUGGUCUCCCACGGGACAAACCAACAUCUUAACCAUGAGACAAAGAGGAAAUUCCCUACGGUCUGAGGGCCAACACUUAUUGUGAAGUCACAAGCGGGGCUCCCUCAUCACGUGACCAUGAGCAGCCAUGACCAUCCCAUGUCUGCUACACCUCCAUAUGCCACUACUAUGGAUUAUUACAGUACCUUAGGAUGAGGAUAAAUCAUGUUGAUGUAUUUAGCCAGGAUAAUUGACUCAGUUCCACUUGUUUCCAUGGCUCUUGUUUCCAUGGCUCUUGUUUCCAUGGCUCCUAAACGUUUCUCAGAGCUGUGAUUUCACUGAAAGUUUUUUUUCCUUCUACAGCAACUAGUAAGAAACAUUCACUGGCCCAACCGCCACACACCGAACCCCACCUCUUCACCCUCCACAGAAAACAGGGUGGAUUGUUUCCCAGAAGACUGAGAUGUGGGCCCGUAUCCACAAAGUGUCUCAAAGUAGGAGUACUGAUCUAGGAUCAGUUUUUUUUUAAUGUCAUAAUGAAUACAAUAAAUUGUAUAGGGAAGGGUCUGAUCCUAGUUUUAUUAGAUCUCACUGAUUGAGGUAAGAACGUCAGGACACCACAGAUGUGACCCCUGUGGCCAAGUCUUCCUCUCACGGAUUGGACUUCACGGUCACAGCAGAUGCUGCGCUAAGAUCUAACUCCAAGGCACAAUAAAUCUACGGUUUCACGAGGCUGCGAUGCCGACCACUAUUGUCCAGAGUUCCAGACGGAACUCUUUUCAGGUCAUAUUGAACCCUUUUUGGUUCCACAUAGAACCUCUUGUUCCAAAUAGAACUCUUGAAAGGCUGCUGUUUGGAACCUAAAGGGGUUAUCGUCUGACCUGACCUGGUUCUACCUGGAACCUUUUCCAGAGGGUUCAACAGGGACAAAUGGUUCUACAAUGCCCUUUUGAGAGUAUAGAAGCGAGCUUCUCAGACGUAUAAAUGAGGUACGUAGGAACUACAUCACGUCAUAGACACGGACGUCUGAAUGAUGGACAGACUGAGGGGAUGAAUCAAAGUCAUCUGACCGUGAGAUGAAGAGAGUCUGAGAAACAGAGACAAACGCUCAAAUGAGUGUGAUGGGCGUCACAUAGGUAGAGAAAGAAAGUCCAGGAUCUCAAUGGAUUUUCAGAUGAAGAGAUACGAGUUUUAAAGUCCUUUGUAAUGAGUGAAGAGGAGACACAUUGGGAAUUGGGUGCAUUGCAUUGGGUUGAUUGAACUCUACUGCAUAAAUGUUGCCUAAACUGCAGAGAGAGACUUGUGUCAAUGUGUAGGCCAACAAAUGCCUGAACGGUUAGCCAUUAAGAUAAAAACACGUGAUUAUGACUGAGUUAUAUUAUUCUAUGAUAUUAUUAGCAAUUUGUUUACAAACUGUGUUCUUCUAGUAUUUAAAUAUUUGGUUUUUAUUCUGUUACGAUUUUUGGUUCGAAAGUAAGACAUACCCAGCUAGCUUUGUCUGUCUCUGCUGUCCAGAACAGAACUCUGAGUUGAAGGAAGAAAUGUGAGGAGCCAGGUUAAGCUCUAGAUUUGUUUAUAUUUGUUUAAUCAUAUUAUUGUUUGUGGUUGUAUCCCACUUUCAUUGUCCUCAAACAUUCAUCUCUUUUUAGAGGAAUUAAUAAAUGGAUCCAUUUUAGUUUGUUUGACUAGUUGGAUACGAAGCUAAGCUAGUUUCAGUGCAGUCCGAUGUCUCAGUGCCGGGAUUCAAUCAGAUCAGCGCUAGAUCUGCAUUGUAGCACGGAUGACAUUUAAAGGUAAUUAACAAUUGAGCCGACAUGUGCAGUAUUUGCCGUGAAUGCGGUCUUCUGCGAUCGCGGGAACUUUCCCUUUAAAAGGUGAAUAGCUGACAAAGAGUGAUCGGAUUGAAUCCCGGCCUUACUUUUAAUUUGAUAAUCUCUCCAGUUGUAGAUUUGUAUCUAAUGUAACUUGGUUACUUUUAAUUUGAUCAUCUCUCCAGUUGUAGAUUUGUAUCUAAUGUAACUUGGUUACUUUUAAUUUGAUCAUCUCUCCAGUUGUAGAUUUGUAUCUAAUGUAACUAAGUUACUUUUAAUUUGAUAAUCUCUCCAGUUGUAAAUAUGAAUAUACUGUAACCAAGGCUAUUAUAUGAACACAAAGUGGACUGGACAUUAAUAUGAAAUAAAAUGACAAAAUAAAUGUA